CGCGAGUCAUCGGGCGGACGGAGCGAAAGGGAGCCCGAGGAAGGAUCACGCCUCGAGCUCGUGAACGAGAGAGAUUCUCCCCGUCGACGGCGUCGCGCGAGGAAAACGCGUCGCGCGUGACGUGCAUGACAUCUCGCCGCGCUCGCCCCGCCAUCGUCUUUCCUCCCCUCCCUUCUCGAGGCGAGCCCGUUGUCGCGACUCGGCCGCCAGAGCGCUUCCCCUCGCUCGCAGAGCGAUCAAAGCGAGCGUUCGAUUUGCGCGCGCUCCGUCCGCGCGUGUGCCUCGAAGGGUGAAAUCGUAGCGGAGUGCACGCUCUGUCGCAGAGGAUCGUCGUCGAUCGGAGCACGCAUCGCGAACAGUGCAAAGUGCAACACGCGCCGCGUCGCGCGCAGCAGGUAGCCGGAGGAACGUCAGCCCGAGCGCCACCGGCUUGUUGUCAAGAUGGCGUCCAAGGGGAAGCUAGACACCGAGCAGCAUGGCCGCUCAGACUCAUACAGGGUCGCCACGUUACCCAACAUUCGCGACGACAACAAAACCGCAGAUGGGAUGUAUAAGUCGCGGCGAAAGAAUCCAAAGCGGAGGGGGGACAACCUAGAUGACCUGAAGCAGGAGUUGGACAUUGACUUCCACAAAAUUUCACCCGAGGAACUGUAUCAAAGAUUUCAAACGCACCCCGAAAACGGCCUCAGCCACGCGAAAGCAAAGGAGAACCUGGAGAGGGAUGGGCCAAACGCCCUGACGCCGCCGAAGCAAACUCCGGAAUGGGUCAAGUUCUGCAAAAAUCUGUUCGGCGGUUUCGCCCUCCUAUUGUGGAUCGGCGCGAUUCUCUGCUUCAUCGCGUACUCAAUUCAGGCCACGACCAGCGAGGACCCGAACGACGACAAUCUCUACCUGGGGAUCGUCCUCGCGGCGGUCGUGAUAGUGACGGGUAUAUUCUCGUACUACCAGGAGAGCAAGUCGAGCAAGAUCAUGGAGUCGUUCAAGAACAUGGUGCCGCAAUUCGCCACCGUGAUCCGAGAAGGUGAGAAAGUCACUCUGCGGGCGGAGGAUCUCGUGCUCGGCGACGUCGUCGACGUCAAGUUCGGCGAUCGGAUACCGGCCGACAUCAGGAUUAUCGAGUCUCGCGGAUUCAAAGUGGACAACAGCUCGCUGACGGGCGAAUCCGAGCCGCAAUCGAGAUCACCCGAGUUCACAAAUGAGAAUCCGCUCGAAACGAAGAAUCUCGCAUUCUUCUCAACGAAUGCGGUGGAAGGCACGGCUAAAGGUGUAGUGAUUUGCUGCGGCGAUCAAACGGUGAUGGGAAGGAUCGCGGGUCUCGCAUCCGGCCUUGAUACAGGAGAAACGCCGAUCGCCAAGGAGAUACAUCAUUUUAUACAUCUUAUUACUGGUGUCGCUGUCUUCCUCGGCGUCACAUUCUUCGUCAUAGCUUUUAUCCUGGGUUACCAUUGGCUUGACGCCGUCAUCUUCCUAAUUGGUAUCAUCGUUGCGAACGUACCGGAGGGCCUCCUCGCUACCGUGACUGUAUGUCUCACUCUGACCGCCAAGCGAAUGGCUUCGAAGAACUGCCUGGUGAAGAAUCUCGAGGCCGUGGAGACCCUGGGCUCAACCUCGACCAUCUGUUCGGAUAAGACGGGAACUCUCACGCAGAAUCGUAUGACGGUAGCGCAUAUGUGGUUCGACAAUCAGAUCAUCGACGCCGACACCACGGAGGAUCAGUCCGGCUUGCAAUACGACCGUACCAGUCCGGGAUUCAAGGCGCUAGCCAAGAUUGCGACAUUGUGCAAUCGCGCCGAGUUCAAGCCGGGUCAAGAGGGUGAACCAAUUCUGAAGCGAGAAGUAAACGGUGACGCUUCCGAGGCCGCGCUGCUCAAGUGCAUGGAACUCGCGCUGGGUGAUGUCAUGGGCAUUAGGAAACGUAACAAGAAAGUCUGCGAAAUUCCCUUCAAUUCCACUAACAAAUAUCAAGUGUCCGUACACGAGUCGGACGAUCCUAACGAUAGCAGGUAUCUCUUGGUAAUGAAGGGGGCUCCCGAGAGAAUUCUGGACAGGUGCUCGACUAUAUUUAUCGGCGGCAAAGAGAAGGUUCUCGACGAGGAGAUGAAAGAGGCAUUCAAUAACGCGUACUUGGAAUUGGGCGGACUCGGCGAACGAGUACUCGGCUUUUGUGACUUCAUACUGCCGUCCGACAAGUUCCCGGUCGGCUUCAAAUUCAACUCCGACGAUGCCAACUUCCCGGUUGAGGGGCUCCGCUUCGUCGGCCUGAUGUCUAUGAUCGACCCGCCACGGGCAGCGGUGCCCGACGCGGUCGCCAAGUGCCGUUCCGCCGGCAUCAAGGUCAUCAUGGUUACCGGUGACCAUCCGAUCACUGCCAAAGCCAUUGCCAAAUCUGUCGGCAUCAUCUCUGAAGGUAACGAGACCGUUGAGGAUAUUGCGCAACGGUUAAAUAUCCCAGUAUCCGAAGUAAAUCCUCGCGAGGCUAAAGCCGCGGUCGUCCACGGAACCGAACUCAGGGAACUCAACUCCGACCAAUUGGACGAGAUUCUCAGGUACCACACCGAAAUUGUGUUCGCCCGUACCUCGCCUCAACAAAAGCUCAUCAUUGUCGAAGGCUGCCAGCGGAUGGGCGCGAUUGUCGCCGUAACUGGCGACGGUGUGAAUGACUCGCCCGCUCUGAAAAAGGCCGACAUUGGUGUCGCUAUGGGCAUCGCCGGUUCGGAUGUCUCCAAGCAAGCGGCCGACAUGAUUCUACUCGACGACAACUUUGCCUCGAUUGUGACAGGUGUGGAAGAGGGUCGCUUGAUCUUCGACAACCUGAAGAAAUCUAUCGCCUACACUUUGACUUCGAAUAUACCCGAGAUCUCGCCUUUCCUGGCGUUUAUCCUCUGCGACAUCCCUCUGCCUCUGGGUACCGUCACCAUUCUCUGCAUCGAUCUGGGAACCGACAUGGUACCCGCCAUUUCGCUAGCCUACGAGGAGGCAGAGAGCGAUAUUAUGAAGCGACAACCACGAAACCCCUUCACUGACAAGCUAGUUAACGAAAGGCUUAUCUCGAUGGCAUACGGUCAAAUUGGUAUGAUCCAAGCCGCGGCUGGCUUCUUCGUCUACUUUGUCAUUAUGGCUGAAAAUGGAUUCCUGCCCCUAUAUCUGUUUGGUAUCCGGAAACAAUGGGACUCUAAGGCUAUUAACGAUCUAACCGACAGCUAUGGUCAGGAAUGGACUUAUAGAGACCGCAAAACGCUGGAGUUCACCUGCCAUACAGCUUUCUUCGUAUCGAUUGUAAUUGUGCAAUGGGCUGAUCUGAUCGUCUGCAAAACACGCCGCAACUCGAUUAUUCAUCAGGGAAUGAGAAACUGGGCUCUGAACUUUGGCCUCGUGUUUGAGACCGCUCUCGCUGCGUUCCUAAGUUACACGCCUGGUAUGGACAAGGGUCUUCGUAUGUUCCCUCUCAAAUUCGUAUGGUGGCUACCAGCUCUGCCGUUCAUGUUCGCCAUCUUCAUUUAUGAUGAGACGAGACGAUUCUAUCUCCGCCGGAAUCCAGGCGGAUGGCUCGAGCAAGAAACUUACUAUUAGACGCAAGGAGGAUUAAAUUACACGCAUGCAGAGCGCGCGCGCAAGAGGACGAGUGAACGGACGAAAGAGCGAGAGAAAGAGAGCGAGCGAGAGAGAGAGAGAGAAAGAGAGAGAGAGAAUGAUGAUGAGAGAGAAUGAGACGCAUACUCACACUUGAAAGAUAUACACCUGAAAAAAAGAAAAAUAAAUAAAUCACUCAUGUUGAACAGAUAUAUAACACUUUUCACACGAAACGUGCUACUGGGUCUGUCCGAGUUACGUGUCGGGAGAGCAACGGAUGGACAACGAAGGAUGCGCAGAGAUUCGCGCUUGCUCUCACGACGAGAAAGAAGGCGCUAUUUCUCCGCGACAUGGGGACCCUUUAGCGCUAUAGAUGCAGCGCGAGGUACAAAGAGCACGUUCGUCGUUCUGGCUUUGCCGCCAGCAAUCGCUUGCACGCUUGCGUGCCAGGUUUCAUAGUCUCAAAAAAUUGAUCCGGUGUACGAGGGAAAAAGGAGGGAUUCUCAUCGAGAGGAAAUUUCAUCAGUUUUCGCUAUUGUAACGAAUUGAAAAGUCGAUUGGGAAGUCGCGCCUUCUGUUCUGCAUCCAACAAUAUAACUACGGGGCUUUCUGGUGAUGAUUGGUGCUGCUGCUAUUGUUAGAUUCUGGACGAGAAUAUAUUGCGCAAGGGUCGUCGGAAGAUGGAACGAAGAAAAGAGAGUGGGAGAUGAUUGGGAAGAAUCGCUGAAUCGAUGACGUCGUAAUGCGACUGAUGCACGAGUGUCAGGCCUAAAGAAAAAAACGUGGUGAAUGGUGAUGAAACACGGAUGAAAGGAAGCCGAGGCGGUAAUGAGAAUGAAAGUCCGGAACGCGGCAGCGGGAAUAGACAUGCACUCAAGAGACUAGGACAUUAAUGUACGAUGGAGAAUCACGGAAUCACGUGUAUUCUUAUGUAUGCCGGAUGCAAAUUACUACAUUCACGCGACUUCUUAUUACUAUUAGUGGCGUAUUAUCGUAGACAUCUUUGCGUUACCAAGAAACUUUAUAAUAAUAGGCUUUCGUUGAUCGUCGAUCAAUGCGCGCAAAAUAACAGUACGCUAAAGAUCGGCACAUACACACAACACGCCCUCCAUUGAGAAAAACUUUAGGUCGAAGACAAGAAGAUAGACUCGCAGAAAAAGAAGAGAGCAAAGAGGCCGACGCGAAAGAGCAAAUCGGAAAAAGUGCUCAAUAUAACAGGAGAACCGUUAAAGAAAAUUCUUAGGCAUCUCGCGUGACACCGAAAUAUAUACUUCGUACGAAAAUCUAAUUACUUGUUAAUUGUAACGAAGGACCUGUUACGAUAGAUAAUAUCGGCACGGUCUAUAGUUAUACGUCAUGAUAAAAUAACUAAAAUAAAGGAAAGAGAGAGAGAGAGAGAGAGAGAGAGAGAGAGUUAUAUAAAUAAUUAAAUGAAAUAAAAAAUAAUAUAAUUAAAAAUAAAGCCGCAUUCGCAGUAUUUAUUAUUAUAAAUAAACGACAUACACAUUCGGUUUUGAGUCUUAAUCCGUGUAGCUGUCAGGACGAAAACGGCAAAGACGUAUCGCGUAGUUUCAGUAUAGUUAUGACUCUUAGCUCGAAAAAUAAUAUCACGCUAACAGACGCGAAAACAAACGGGGAGACAGGCUCGAAGAAAGGUGCAUGGUUGAUCAGGGUAGGUUCCAACGGAGAUGGUUCAUUCCAUUCGUAAUCUAACAACAGGAGGAUAGGGGAAAGAGGAGGUAUAUAAUUAGGCGGCGAAGAUAUGUAUGCGGUAAAUGUAAAAUAAUUAUCAAUUGAAUCACUACCAAUUGACGAGGAUAAAACGAUACGUUAUGUGAUUGCGCGGGCGGAUGCGGUAAUUAAGCGGUGGGUAGUCGCGGCCUGGUUGCCGGCGAACCGGAGGAGAAAGAAAAUAAAGCCUGCCGCAUGCCAUUCGAGAAGAUAAAUGAAUUAUUAUAAAACGUUAUUGAUUAACGGAAGAGGAAGGGAGAAGCGGAGAUAACAAAAGUUUAACGAGGCAGAAUAAUGGGAUAAUAAAAAACGUACGGAAUAAUACACACGAAUGCUUUAUAUUAGAGAAGGGGUGCGGUAUAUGUACGCGGAAUAUAGAUAGAGAAGGCAAGAGGGACAGACCGGAGCAGAGGAAGCGAGUAAAAAAAAAAAAUGUUCUUACUUAGGUAAAAGCUAAAUGAAGAAUAUAAAAACUCCUUCUCUUAGUUUUUCAUAGAUUUAAAAUGCCAGCGGGACAGCUCGCUAUAAAUCAUUGAUCCCCCCCCCCCCCGCAACGCGGAACGCCCUGUGUAGCAGCGUGUAGGAUCUCUUGUUAGCCAGCCGGCGAGCGCGCUGUCCGUGUUGCGCGUAUGUGUGUGUAUGCGUGCGCGUGUAUGUGCGUUGUGCAUGUAGUAUCGAAACAAUACACAACGGUGACUUAAAAUGCCUGCCACGCGACUUUUUUUCCUUUUUUUUUUUUCGGGCCGGGACGAUCCGAGACUUUUCUCAUCGACGCGAUCUCGCAACCGUGCCAUGUGCACGAGUUAUAUUAUAUCCUCCCUCUUCUCGUCUCCUCCGGGGUGGGUCCAUCUCGGUCCCGCGUUCGUCUCGGAUGCGAUCGAGCUGUUGAUGGUUGCAGGAGAAAUGGGUACCGAAAUUUUCCUUUACCGAUAUAUCCGAAAAUUACGCAGAAUUGCACUUGACAAGAGAUGCGAUGGGCCACAAUCAUUUCUGGAGGGUGGAGGAAUAAAUAAGGGAUAAUGCUCUCUCUCUGCUUUUCACAAAUUUCUAUCGGAUAUCGCGAAACGGUAGGAUUUUAAAACACCGUUCUCUCAUUAUAUUAUAUUCGCGUCUGUUGUUGAAAGAAUUGUAAUUAAUUUAAGACGCACUCGACUCUCGGACGAUGAUCAUUCCACUUCCUUUGCGAGCAAUAACGCUUCUUUCGUUUGCGUGUCGCGUCCAAACGAUCCAAAGUCCAGCUCAUCGUUGCUAUUCACGAAGAGAGAAAUCGGGCAAUCGCGUGGCUAAUUGUAUCGUGUUGUAUAGCGACCCGCGAGAGAGAUGAUUGCGUUCUCACCGAUCGAUUGUGGCGAACGCGGGACUCGAUGAGUGAACAUGCGACUGCUCGCUCGGCGGCCCAGGCCCCAAAACUACCCUAAGUGUUCAAUAAUCGACGUGUUCUCGAGGUGCCCCGUACAACGCGAAACGUUUCUUCCUUCGCCGGUUUCUUCCGUCCGGUGCCGCCGCCUCGACUAGACCCGAAGUAGCUCGGACAGCACGAAUAUCCUAAAGACGUUCCAGAAGACAUCCCAAAGACGUCUUCGAGAUACCUUCUACCGCAUCUUUUGGAUACGCCUGCUGUCUGGGAAGGCUCGAAUUGCAUUCCGGAUGUGCGACUGAUCAACUCGGAA